GAGCGAGCUGUCAGAGCCGGGAGAGACCGAGGCCCUCAUGUACCACACGCACUUCUCAGAACUUCUGGAUGAGUUUUCCCAGAACGUCUUGGGUCAGCUCCUGAAUGACCCUUUCCUCUCAGAGAAGAGUGUGUCGAUGGAGGUGGAGCCAUCUCCAACAUCACCAGCGCCUCUCAUCCAGGCUGAACACAGCUACUCCCUGAGCGAGGAGCCCCGGGCUCAGUCACCGUUCACCCAUGUGACUACCAGCGAUGGCUUCAAUGACGAGGAAGUGGAGAGUGAGAAGUGGUACCUGUCUGCAGACUUCCCUUCGGCCACCAUCAAGACAGAGCCAAUCACGGAGGAGCAACCCCCAGGGCUCGUUCCCUCGGUCACUCUGACCAUCACAGCCAUUUCUACUCCUUUUGAGAAAGAAGAGUCCCCUCUGGAUAUGAGUGCUGGGGUGGAAUCCUCGUGCCAGACAGUUAUUCCUAAGAUUAAACUGGAGCCUCAUGAAGUGGAUCAGUUCUUAAACUUCUCUCCUAAAGAAGCCUCUGUGGAUCAGCUGCACUUACCACCAACACCACCCAGUAGCCACAGCAGUGACUCAGAGGGCAGCUUGAGCCCUAAUCCACGCCUGCAUCCCUUCAGCCUGUCUCAGGCCCACAGCCCCGCCAGAGCCAUGCCCCGGGGUCCCUCUGCCUUGUCCACAUCUCCUCUCCUCACAGCUCCACACAAGCUGCAGGGAUCUGGCCCACUGGUCCUGACGGAGGAAGAGAAGAGGACCUUGAUUGCUGAGGGCUAUCCGAUUCCUACCAAACUGCCCCUGACAAAAUCUGAGGAGAAGGCCCUGAAGAAAAUCCGGAGAAAAAUCAAGAAUAAGAUUUCUGCCCAAGAAAGCAGGAGAAAGAAGAAAGAAUACAUGGACAGCCUGGAGAAAAAAGUGGAGUCUUGUUCAACUGAGAACUUGGAACUUCGGAAGAAGGUGGAGGUGCUGGAGAACACCAAUAGGACUCUCCUCCAGCAACUUCAGAAGCUUCAGACUCUGGUGAUGGGGAAGGUCUCUCGGACCUGCAAGUUAGCCGGCACGCAGACCAGCACCUGCCUCAUGGUCGUUGUGCUGUGCUUCGCCGUUGCAUUCGGCAGCUUCUUCCAGGGCUACGGGCCCUAUCCUUCUGCCACCAAGAUGGCGCUGCCCAGCCAGCAUCGCCUGUCCGAGCCGUACACAGCCUCCGUGGUGAAAUCCAGGAACCUGCUAAUCUAUGAGGAACAUUCUCCCGUGGAGGAGUCAUCCAGUUCAGCCUCAGCUGGAGAGCUCGGGGGCUGGGACAGAGGCUCCUCCCUGCUCAGGGGGUCGGGGCUUGAGGCCCUGCCGGAGGUGGAUCUCCCCCACUUCAUCAUCUCCAACGAGACCAGCUUGGAGAAGUCAGUGCUGAUGGAGCUUCAGCAACACCUGGUCAGCAGCAAACUGGAAGGGAACGAAACGCUCAAAGUCGUAGAGCUGGAGAGGAGAGUGAACGCCACCUUCUGAGGCGCCGUCUCCGCCCUCCUCUUCCCCCAACUCCCGCCACGCGUCCGCAGACUGCCUUGACCAUACCCUUCCCCUUCACCCCUGGAUCUUGAGGAGGAGGAUGUGGACUAGUGCCAGCCUGGGGGUUUCUGCUUUACGUCCGUCCCCAAUGGCUCUACCCAGAAGGGAGCCGGCACCUCUCCAUCCCUUUCUCUUACUGCCAUAGGAAAUUGUUUUAGGGGUGAGGGAGGGGUGGGACGAGCAGGCUUGUUUCCACCAGUACCCAGAAGAUACUGCCUGAUCCUUCCCGGGGAGGUGUGACUCUUGCGAAGGAGACAGACCUCGUGUCCAGUUGAGACCCCCAGACUCUGGCCACAAAUAUGCCACGCACGCGACAGGGGGGUGGCAAAGCACUGACUCCUGACCCCUCCUGCUCACUGGGACUCCAGUGUGACCCUGCCUCCACUGCGAGUACCGAAGUGUCAUUCCAGUCUUCUCCCUCCGUUCUGCACCCCGGAGCCCUUCUUGGCUGCCGGCACAGGCAGACGGGACUCCCACCAUAUUUUUCAGGCCGCAAGUGCAAUUCCUGAAGGCAUCAGGCUCUUCUCCUCCAGGCCACCCUGCCCACUGUGUUGCUUGUAAGAUACCCCCACCACACACACACACACACACACACACACACACACACACACACACACACACACACACACACACACCACACAGCCUGCAUCCCCAUGGGACAGUAGCUCUGUCUCCCUGGCCUCCCCUUCCUAUUUGUAAAUAGUAUUUAUUAGCUUGCUGAAGCUCCCCGCUGACCAUAGCAAAGAAAUUCCAUGACCCCUUCCAACAAGCAAAGUCUUCUGCUGGCCUUUGGAACAGGAGAGUCCCCAGGAUCUGGGACCCCUAGUAUUUCUAGUUGAUGCCUUAUUUUCUCCUUUUCCUUUCUUUUUAAAAUCGGGGACCUAUAAGAUAAUCACUGCUGGGAGGUUCCCCUUAAGCACGCGUCCCCUGUUGGAUGGAUUCACGGGGAGUGAUGGAACACUGUCUUCUUGUUCGGGCGCGGGCUCUAUGGCCGCGUGCUUGCUCUCUCUGCGUUGCUGGAUCAGAGACGGGAAACCGUGCCCUGACAAUAGGCAUUGCUGACAACCUUGCUAGCUUGUCCUGCAUCCUGCGCGCUCCUCCCUCCCUCCCUCCCUCCCUCCCUCCCUUCUGCCCUCUCUCCACUGCCUUAACUAGGGGGGCUGGAGUUGGUAAUAUUUGUGCCCCCACAGUCAUACCUUUUACAGUCAGGUUUGGCUACUUUGCAGCUCACCCAAAGAGAUACAACGAACCCCCAAACUCCUUUCCUUUUUUUUAUGAUUAAAAAGUAAAAUUUGUAGUUAAAAAAAAAAAAAGCCCUUUUCUCUUUCAUACAAAUAAGAAAUGGAAAUUACUCUUUUAUUGUAUAAGAUAGAAGACUCUUUUUAAGUGUUUUUCUCCCUGGCUUGUAAAAGAUUUUAUGUAAGAAAUGUGCUUACACUUUGUAUUUUAUUUUUAGCAGCAGCUGAAGGGCCUUUAGUUUUGGCCUCUCUCUCUCUCUCUCUCUCUCUCUCUCUCUCUCUCUCUCUCUCUCUCUCUCAUUUUUUCCUCUGCCAUCUAUGUGACCGUUAGAGCCUGUAUAAGAGGGAUUAUGACCACACUGGCCCUUGUGUUCUAUGUCACAUACAGGAUUCGGUGUCGUUAGUGUUUGCUGUCAUGUCCCAUGAGCAGCUUCCUGUUUGGUCUGCUCAGGUCAUCAUAGCGAGUGUUCCCUCCCUCCCUCCGUCCCUCCCUCCCUCCAUCCCUCUCUCCCUCCCUCCCUCCAUCCCUCCCUCCUGCAGUGGGUUCCUAGCUGGCAGAUGUCCACGCUCACUUGUGGUGUGUGAGACCCACCUCGAGGCCACUGUGAUCCUGGCAGCCCUGCUGCCCACAGGGCUGUCCCUGUCCCUUACACUCCGAUGCCUGGACUGUACAGAGAGGAGAGUGGCUGGUGACCUGCUUCUGCCUCCUUUUGGUCUUCUCUCUUCCUUCCCUCUUCCUGGGCCUGGCCCAUCCUGUUCUCUACAGGGCCAGAUGUUUGUGCACAGUAAACAUAAAAAAUGCUGAUGAGAGCCUAAGAAGGGGGGGGGGGGAACAGGAUGAGGUGGUAUUUGUGUGAUGAGAAAGGGAGAGUUUGCAGUAAAGGGCUGACGUGGAGUUUUAGGCUGUUGUAUACAUCUGCUGAACUCAACCUCUUUUUUUUUUUAAUGUGCCUGGAGAGCCAGGGUGGAGACCCCGUGUGUGGAUGAGGAGGGCGAAGGAACUGUGUAGUCCUAUCUGCUUCUCUGAGGACUUUAUUUUCUUCUCUACCUGCUCUUUUGGAUGCCACUGUCUCCAGACAGCAGGGCCCUUUGUCUGUGGGAGAUGGGCCUUUCAGAAUAGAGUCUGUAACUAGAGACGUGGGACAUUAGCCAGAGAACUCAAACAGCCCUUUAAAGGAGCUCUCAGCAGCCAACACUGCCACUCUAUUGAGAGAAGCCUCUGCCCUCUGCUCCUGGCGUGGUGAGGAGAGGGGACCAAGCGGUGAUCCCUCUGGGAUACUCAGUGCAGUCAGGGGACCCAGAGUGGCAUCAGACAGGGUGCGUGGCAAGUAAUUAAUGGAUGUGUGCUCAAAGUUCAAGGCUAGAGUAUCAGUUUUCCCCACCAACUGAGCUGGGCCCCAGACCAGUCAAUAACUUAUGGAUGUAUCUGAAGGUUUUGAAUAGUGGCAGACUUUAACACCUUGAAUUGAAAUUUUGAAAAUACCCAAGACUGCUAGACUCUUAGAGAAGCCAGAGCAAUUAGUCUGCUGGUUGAUUUUCUAUUCUAUAAACACCCCCCCCACACACACACACACACUUUAAAAUCACUUUAGUGAUGGAGAUGUCUUGCAAAGGUGUAGAGAACAAGUCUCUCUCUCUCUCUCUUUUUUUUUCCUGUAAAUGAGUCCUGAGUAACCCAGUUGCCCCUCCCUCCCUCCCUCGGGUCUUUUCACAGCCCCCAGCUUCACACUGGGAAAUGGAUCUUGCAAAUGAGAGGAGUCAGCACCAGCAUUGGGGGAGAGCCUCUGAAGUGUCAGGACUCUGACGUGUAGCUCACAGAAAGAAAGCAUUCUGUAAGAAUCUGACAGCUGAACUCAGUUGCUCCUUCCUGGCAGAAGGUGGGGGUGGGAUCUGGCAUCAGUACAGGCAAUUAGAUAACCUUUCGGUCCAUGGACGUGAUUUUGUGGAUUGGGAAAACAGCUUUGGGGCCACAUUACUUACAAGCUACACAUACCAGGUUAAUAGGUACCCCCUUCAACCACCAGUUCUGUGGCUGUGAAUCUUACGUCUACAUACAGUAGGGAUAUUAGACUGACUCCUCUUCAUGCUGGUACAGAGUCCACGUCCAUCAUUUUUAUCACAGGCAUUUUGUUAAAAUUCUUUCCAGCACUUCACGUCCCCUCCAUCCCAUGUGCCCAGGCCCAGAGAAAGCAGCAGAACAGAAUUAGAAGUGUCUCUCACCAGCUCCUGUAGACAUAGGUGCCUUGUGAGGUGUGUAUGUGAGCCCAGCAGAGAAAUGGAGACAUCUUGUCCCCACGUGAGGAGUGGACAUCUGCCUGAUCCUUGCCAAUGUGGAGGCAUGGAAAUGGGAGAAGACGCUUUUAGUUGGUGAUUUGUUUCUGUUGAGCCGUGGGUUUGAGAAACAUGGAUGAGCUCGGCACUCCCGCCUGCAGCCUGGUGGGACCUGUGGAGCCAUCCACGGUGGGGUCUUAGUGAGAGCCACUUUAUGUGAAAACUCGAGACAGAAGCAGUUAGCACAGGGUGGCAGGAUACAUUACGCUCCCACCCGCCAAAGGCAGAGUGGAGAGAACAGUAAGGUGGGGCUGGAAGGAGCCAGAUGCUCAUUUGUUCAUUCAUUCAUACAUUCAUUCAUUCAUUCAUCCAUCCAUCCAUUUGUUCACUCCUUCGACUUUGCAGUUUUACUAAGGAAGAGCAGGCUUCCUGAGACCUAGGAUAUGUUGGAGAAUAAGAGGGACUUGGAAAACCAAUUUGUCAAUAGCCAUUCGGAAGACCCAAGUACUACUAAUGCUAGUUCUCUCUCUCUCUCUCUCUCUCUCUCUCUCUCUCUCUCUCUCUCUCUCUCUCUCUCCACACACACACACACACACACACACACACUCCUCUCCUAGAUACUUAUGCCUCCAAUGUGCCUUACAUCUGAAACCAGGAUGGCAGGAAUCUCCUGUCCCUGGAAAGUGUCACAUGUUACUUACUAUAUAGUAUUAGGUUGAAGUUGGGGAUGGGCGCUUUCUCCAGAGACUCAGAGAUGGUUCCCUACAAAUGAGCCACUAUUAGAUUUGCCUAUCAGGGGAGAAGAAAUGGGGUUAUAUCCAUUAGGAGAAUGUUGAUGGAGGUGCAAUCACAUCAAAAAUGUGGCCAGCCAGGAUUAAAGGUAUUCUAAAUCCUCACCACCGAGCAUUUUCUGGAGGCAAAGGCACUAGCCCAUUUGAAGAUUAAUGCUCUGUGCCUCUGGGCCAAAAGGUCGGCACUCAGCGCUAGGGAGAAAAACAUUAACUGUUGUUUGUAGCAUCAUAAAAUCCCGGACUGCCUUACUUUGUCGUGGUUUCUAGAAGGAAGGAGAUAUUAUUUCCUGAGUGUUUACUGAAGUGUUGAGUGUUGUGCUAAGUAAGCUUUGAGCCUCUGAACUUGAUUGACACCGAGAGCAAGGGUGGCUUGUUGCCAUGAGGAGUAACUGCAGGGGGAGGCAUGGUAGUUUGUGGAGCCAUUUCUAAGGACACGCAGACUGUGUCUGGCUCUCUGGGCAGAAACAGCUCCCCCGCUGCAGUGGCCGCACUCAGCACUGUCCAGUGCUCAGCCCUCUGCCUGUCUCAGAGAUGCCAUCGGCAGGUCUGUCUGCUGCCCUUCUCAUCCUACCUUUGGAGAGCACAGCUCAUAGGCUUUGCAUCUGGGUGAAGGGAACCCGGGGGUUCAGACUCCAUUUCUUUGCUUCUCAACAGCAGGGUGGCACUCACAGCCCGCACAGCUUAGAGACUAUCCCUCUCAGAUAAGCCCAUUAUGAGUCUAUGGGAAACACCAGCCCUCGGACACACUGUGGGUGACCCUUCCUAUACAGUAGAGAGCAGAGCCCAGUCAUCGGUCAGCUUUCCUUGCCUGGACUGGCAACCGACUGUUGCUCUCUUUUGAAACACUUAAAUCAGCAUUGUUUAAAUCCAAGUACAUUGCAAGUCUGUCACCUGACCUGUUGCACUGUUUUAUGACUUCUUAUCCUUCAUCAUAGCGUAUUAAAUACCAAAAAAAAUAAUAAUAAUAAUAAUAAAAAAGCUUUGUAGUAUACUUGUACUUAGUUUGGGAAAAAAAUGAAAUUGUAAUGCAUUUGUAUUUCCAUUUCUUGCAAAUAAAUAUUUUUCUUAGUCAAA